CCAAGCGAAGAAAAAAGGCAGCUGGCGACGCUUACCUGUUAUAUUUAACGUAACUUCUUUGCGUUAAAUUCUAUUCAGGGUAAUUCAAUUGUGCAUUAAGUUAACGUUUAUUCGCAACAAAGCAACGUCGCCAUACUUCUUAGUCAAUUCGAGCACGCGAUGAGUGAAGAAGCACCUCCGCCCAAGAAGCCAAGACUGGAGGAUUUCACCGAAGACCUGGACACGGAUAGACAGAUAGAUGAAGACAAGUUUGACAACUUCGUCCGGCCCGAGGAGUUGGAGAGGCUGCGGGAGUUCAAGGUGCUUGAUGAAGUCAAGUCUAAUGAUGAGGAUAGUGAGGAGGAGACCGAUGAGGAUGAUGAUGAUGGCAAAUCUGAGGGCGUCCCCGAAGAAGAAAUCGAGAAGAUGCUGGAAGAAGACCUGCCGGAGGACUUCAAGGCUGCCCCCAAACCCAAGGAGAAACCGUACAUAACUAGGCAGAAGACUGUUUUAGAAGAAAAGGGAGUGAAUCAAUUCGAGGUGCUUCCCCUGGAUUGGAUGAUGGUGCGCCACUACAGCGGCAUGCCGGUCUACAUGCACCGCGGGACUCGCGUCUGCACGCUGGCGAAACCAUACUCGCUCGGCAAGGGCAACACCAGGCGGCACGACAUCCCAAUCAGUGCUAUACCGUGCCUCGCGUACCGGCGCGCUUUAGAAGAGGAGGAAAAACAAAAAGAGAUAGACGAAAAGAUCAAAGAACAGAUUGAGAGCGGCGCCUGGGCUAGAAUGGGACAGAACGAUCAUAAUAAGAAUAAUGUAACCAAUAAUACUAGUAAUAGUAGGCAGGAAUAUAAAAUUAGUGGAAAUAAUGAUAGUAUUAGAGACACUACUAGCCAGGAUAGUCAAUUAAAUGACAAUCCUAAACCUAGCGAAAAUUUAGAAAAUACACAAUCAAACGAAAUACGCGAAAACAUAUUAAACCCUACAGAACAGUUAUCAAAAGAAAUACAAGAAAUAAAACAGGAAAUUGUGAUCAAACAAGAAAUAACCGUGGAGCUUGAAGAUAUAACCAAUGAAAUAAAAAUGGAGUGUCCUUAUAAACAUAAUAAAGAAACUAAUGAAAACGAUGAUAAAAAUGUAGAAGAAAUUAUAAUGGCCGGUGAAGAAUGUAAAAUACCUGAUGAAGAAAAUAAAAUACCUGAUGAAGAAAAUAAAAUACCUGAUGAAGAAAAGAAUGAAACAGCAAAUGAGAAUGACAGAGAUGAAACACCGCUUAACCAGCAGCCGGUGGUGUUGCCCGGGGGUAUGGUGAUGCCUCCCCCAAGGGUGGAGACGGUGAAUACCAGUUGGAAGACGCAGCAGUUGACGCAUGAGCAAGUCAAUGAUUAUUGCAAGAAGCUGUUUAAAUUUAAAACUGUUAAUAUUAUGCAUUUUAGGCGGUGGGCAGACCGGCGUAAAUACGCCAAGGCUCGGAAGACGCUUCAAUACCCCACGCUACCAGAAGGCACUAAACUCAUCACUAUACCAGCUCAGCCGGCCAAUGGGCAGGAUAAUGGCGGUAAGGCAAGCAAGCGCGACUGGGUGAUGAACAUGAACGGGCGCAGCUACCUCUCCGUGUUCCACGAGUACGUGAGGCGCGCGCUGCAGAAGCAGCCCGUCUACGAGUUCAAACAGCUCGAAAAUGCUUCUUCCCCGUACCAAGCCACAGUAUACAUCGGCGGCAUGCAGUACGGAUCUGGGCGCGGCUCGAGCAAGCGGCAGGCCAAGUCCGCGGCCGCGAGGGCUUCCAUACAUAUUCUGAUUCCGGAAAUGAGAGCCGAACUAGACGCGCCGCAAUCUGACCCGGAUUUCACUUUCUUCGACUACGUAGGCAUAGAAGACCCCCGAAUCUCGGAGUUCUGCGCGGCGACGUGCGAGCCGUCACCGCACGCUAUACUUCGCACGUGCCUACUGCGCAACUUCGGCGCACAGGACCGGCAUAUACACACCGAGAUGAAAAAACUAGAAUACCAGAAGAUCGAGUUGACUAUGCGUGUGGGCCGACAUUCCGCCACCGUCGUGUGUAAAAACAAGAAGGCGGCCAAACAGCGAGCCAGCCAGGCCAUUCUGCAGGCAUUACACCCUCACGUCCGUUCGUGGGGCUCGCUGCUCCGCCUGUAUGGGUCGCGCUCCGUCAAGAGCUGCAAGGAGAAGAAGAUAGAAGAGCAACAGAUUACAUUGCUGCAAGACAAGGCUCGUCACAACGAACCGAACUACGCCGUAUUAGAAAAGCUUCGCAACGAGAUGAGAAAACUGAAGGAAAGGGACGAGGCUGUGGUCCCUAUCGGCACUCUACUCGUCAAGGAUGACCUGCCCACACAUUCAGGGUCCAAUCUCAACAACGUAGACCUCUAGACGUGAGAUACACACUAUCUGAACCUGUAGGUAUACACAAUCGGUUCCAAUCGGCACUCUACUCGUCAAGGAUGACCUGCCCACACAUUCAGGGUCCAAUCUCAACAACGUAGACCUCUAGACGUGAGGUAUACAUUAUCUGGACCUGUAGAUACACACAACGGGUCCCAAUCGGCACUUUACUCGUCAAGGAUGACCUGCCCACACAUUCAGGGUCCAAUCUCAACAACGUAGACCUCUAGACGUGAGAUACACACAAUCUGGACCUGUAGAUACACACAACGGGUCUCAAUCGGCACUCUACACGUCAAGGAUGACCUGCCCACACAUUCAGGGUCCAAUCUCAACAACGUAGACCUCUAGACGUGAGGUAUACAUUAUCUGGACCUGUAGAUACACACAACGGUUCCCAAUCGGCACUCUACUCGUCAAGGAUGACCUGCCCACACAUUCAGGGUCCAAUCUCAACAACGUAGACCUCUAGACGUGAGGUAUACAUUAUCUGGACCUGUAGAUACACACAACGGUUCCCAAUCGGCACUCUACUCGUCAAGGAUGACCUGCCCACACAUUCAGGGUCCAAUCUCAACAACGUAGACCUCUAGACGUGAGGUAUACAUUAUCUGGACCUGUAGAUACACACAACGGGUCCCAAUCGGCACUUUACUCGUCAAGGAUGACCUGCCCACACAUUCAGGGUCCAAUCUCAACAAAGUAGACCUCUAGACGUGAGAUACACACAAUCUGGACCUGUAGGUACACACAAUCGGUUCCGAUCGGCACUACUCGUCAAGGAUGACCUGCCCACACAUUCAGGGUCCCAUCUCAACAACGUGGACCUCUAGACGUGAGGUAUACAUUAUCUGGACCUGUAGAUACACACAAUCGGCACUCAUUAAAAUAUACACUCGUAUUACAUUAUUACACAUUGUUUACGAAAAUGUGUAUUCUUAAUAGCACGACAUUAUAUUUUGGUAUGGGAAAACUACUGGCUAAAGUGAACAUCAACACCUAGCUACUUUAAACUAAAAUACAACCGUUGAAGGUCAAAUAUUGGUAGUAAGUACCUACCUACUCAACCAUCAAUUGGUAUCAAUAUGCCUUAUGUCAAAUGAAGUAUAUAUACAUAUACAUUAGAUUUAAGAAACAAACAGUAGUAAGGUAAGGGCAACUUAAACCAGUGAAUUAGAAUUAGAUGUAACGAAUCAAAAAACAUUAGCAUAUAACUAAUAUAGAAUAUACCUAACCUAACAUAAAUUGGUAUCAAUAUGCCUUAUGUCCAAUGAAGUAUAUAUACCUAUACAUUAGAUUUAAGAAACAAACAGUAGUAAGGGCAACUUAAACCAGUGAAUUAGAAAUUAGAAUUAGAUGUAAAGAAUAAAAAAAACAUUAGUAACUAUAACUAAUAUAGAAUAUACCUAACUAAUAUACCAGCAAGUAUUAAAAUAUUUAUAAUCUCGUAACAUAGUAACUAAUAUUAUGCUUUAAACUGCACUCUUUACUACGCACCAUAACAUUUUCUCGCUCAUAAAGGCCAGUCCAGACGGGAAUAAUUUUUCGCCAAUCUGAUCAAAUCAGGUGGUGUGGACGCAAAUGCCAAUUUGGCUCACUGAUUGUGACGCUGAUUAUGACUUAUGACCGAUUGUAAAGAAUUGCAAAAAAGGAGUGUAUUGUUUUCAGCGUUCAUGUUUGUAUGUAAGUUUCUUUAAUCCACCAUAACAUGAAUGAAAUGAAUGCCUUAUUAUUCUUAAUUAUGUGUAAAACUAACUACUAAGAUAAAUAAAAUAAAAAAUGUAUUUGAAGCAAAAUGACCUUGUGAUCCUAUAAUUCACUGCAUUAAUUAGUAAAGAAAGGGAUAUAUUGUAAUCGUAUUUAUGUAAGUUUUUAAUAUAUUUAGCUAGUUCAAAUAUUUUGCGACGCUAAUCAUAAUGUAUUUAAAUUACACAAGUUAGUUACUGGUCAAUAGUGUAGAUUAUAUAUUUUUAAUGUUUGCAAUAUUUUAUGAAUUUGACGAUACGAGUUGUGAAAUGAAAAUUCAGUGUAUAUCUGGUGUAUAUUAAGGUAAUUUAUGUAUAUGAUGUAUACCAUAGAAUAGAGGUUGGCUUAAAAAUACGUUGCCAAAUAUUUUUUAGAAAUAUGCUGAGGGUGGUAAUCCAUCUGUCCAAUAUCCUUUGUCCAGUAUGUAUUGCGUCUCACAUUUUGCUUGAUGAGAGAGUGAGACGCAAUGAAAUGGACAGUCACCACACGGUAUUGUUACGCCAAAUUGGGUUCUUGUUAAAUUGGAAAUUCUAUAGCGUAAGUAUUGAACAAGGUUGUUCUCCAUAUAGAAAAUUUAAUUGAAACAGUCUCGAGAUCCCCGAAAUAUUUGUGAUCUCCCGUUAAUGAUCUCGUAAUUUUCUUCGUAAAACUACAUUAGUACGAGUACAGUCAACGGUAAAAAUAUGGGUGUACAAAUCAUUUCAAAAAUAUGUCCCAUAACUCUUAUGUCAGUGAAUUAAGAACUAUGGGACAUAUUUUUGAGUAAGUUGUCUCAUAUUUUUACUGUUGACUGUACAUCCUAAAAGUUUUUUUCUCGGGAAAAUUGUUAUGAGACUUGAAUUUGUAGAAAGGUACCAACAAAUAACUUGCUCAAACGAAUGCGUAAACUUUUAUCAAACUCUCAGAAAAAUGCGUUUUAUUUAAGUAAAAGCAAAAAUAAAGGUGAGAGUUGAGUAAAAGAAAAAAAAACAGUAGACAAUUUACUUUAUUUUAUGUAAGUAUAUCUAGUAUUCACAUUUGUAAAUACUACUAAGCAUAAGCAUUUACUCUCAAAUUGGUUCCAAUUCAGCUAGGACCCUAAAUGGCGCAAUAAUCGCGGGGCGUGAUGGAAAUAUCACGUAUUUUACAAAAUGCCAUUAAAAAUUAAAAGCACAGUUUAACUAAAGCAACUCUAUAUUCUCCUUUAUCUUUGACACAAAAACGUAAUAUUUUAGGGCCACAUGCUUAUUAUGGUGGCGGUCUUACCUAAAUCUGUAAUACAGGGUGUCCCAGAAUUCGACGUCAAGCCGUAAACGGAUGAUAGACCAAGUCAUAACAGUUAUCAUAAAAAUACAAAAAAAUAUCCAACUCAUGUUCUUUAAAAAUUAUGGUCACUUUAAAAAAUCCCUAAAAAAUCCACACCCUGUAAUUAUUCAAGAUUACACAAUAAUAAAAAAAUUAGAAUAAAUUAUGGAAUUUGUAGUAACAAGAGUUAAAGAACCAUUACAGGGUGUGGAUUUUUUAGUGAAUUAUUAAAGUGACCAUAAUUUUUAAAAAACAUGAGUUGGAUUUUUUUUUUGUAUUUUUAUGAUAACUGUCUUGGUCUAUCAUCCGUUUACGGCUUGACGUCGAAUUCUGGGACACCCUGUAUAACCAAUAAACUCAAUAUGUGACUAACCAUAAAAAUGGAUGUUAUAAUAGGAAUGUUUUCAAUAGGAUAAUAUUAUACAAAUUGUAAUUUAUAUUAAUUGGAUGGCAAUAAGCAGGAAUCUUGUAGGCAAUCAUGAGGUUUCUUGCAGCAGGGGCCCGUUUCUCAGAAGCUUGUAACUUGUAAUACAAGCGGAUGUCACUUUUUGACAGCUUUUGUUACAGUCCGUUUUUUUUAGCAUUAGAAAGAACUUCGCAGAAGUAAGCUUAUGGUUCCAAAUCCAGCACUUUUAGCGGUAAUAAUUUGAAGUAAAUUAUAUGUAUUGACCAUGCUACAAUAGAAAUUCAAGAAUAGAUAAUUCAAUAAUUAUUAACAAUUAAAGAGCCUGAUAAAAACUGCACGCUUGCUUCUGUGGAGUUCUUUCUAAUGCUAAAAAAAACGAACUAUAGAAAGGGACUUGUAUUACAAAGCUUUUGAGAAACAGGUUCCAGGUAUCGGGCUUAAAUAAAACGAGAAAUUUUAAAAAAGUAAAAAGAUUAUACUUUUUAAUUUGAUGGAUUUAGUGAUAGCUCGAUAGCUUAGUUGGUAGAGCGUUAACGGUGAGCUCAGUGUUGGCCGAACGUUAAUUUAAUUAACCAUUAUUUAUUUAUUUAUAUAAGCCUAUACGGUGUCCCACUGCUGGGCAAAGGCCUCCCCCCUUGAUUUCCAUUCGUCUCGAUUUUGGGCAAUCUCCGGCCAGUCGUUAAGAUAUGCGUCCAGGUCGUCCCGCCAUCUCCGUCUGGGCCUACCACAUCCUCGCCCGUCUUGCGGCACCCAUACCGUGGUUAUUUUGGCCCACCUCUGUGGGUGCAUGCGGCAGACAUGGCCGGCCCAGUCCCAUUUCAGCUUGGCGGUCUUAGUUACCAUUAACCAUUAUAAAUUGAACCGUAAACCGCAACGGACGAUUAUAGUUUGCAGCUCAAUUUAUGAUGGUUAAUGGUCAAUUGCAUAAACGUUUCGGCCAACACAGGGUGAGCUGGCGGUAGCUGGUUCAAAUGUCGCUUGGGUCAAAAUAUUAAACCUUUACUAAAAUAAUGGUUGUAAAGUAGCUUAUUUGUUAUUAUUAUAAUCGUCAUAAAUUUCUUAAAUGUAAUAUAGUUAUAGGUAGGUGAAAGGCAGCACAUGUAAUGAGCACACAUAUCUAAUAUGAAAUUAAACAUA